AUGCCUUCCGAGCUGCUGCACUUCCCCCCGCUCUAUAUCGUCGUGGGCCUCUACCGCCUCCUCUCAGACCCCUCCAUCCGCAGCCCCGUGUUUGACAAGAUAAAGCAUGCCACCGCCCGCGGCCUCAUCGUCGGCGCCGUGUACGCAGUGUUCAGCUGGAACUUCUUAAACUGGGUCAUAAGGAGGUUUUUGAUGGGGGGAAGCUGGUGGAAGAAGGGGGAGGAGGUGAUGAAGGAGAGUGUAGAUGGGACGGUGAGGGUUGGGCUUGGGAGGUGGGGCGUUACGUUGGAUGUGGUACUUUAUACACAUCUACUCAUAUUGUUGCCGCAACUAAGCUCCAUUCUGCGGUUCUUCAUCUACAAGAACCUCAAGCUUGCUCGUUCGCGCGCAUAUGCUCUUACCGUCUCUUCCCGAGGCAAGCCUCGUGAAUUCUGGUCUCAAGGAUAUAUCGAAGAAUGGGCACAACCGCCAGUCAUGGCAGGGACUAUAGACAAGAACGGCAAGCGGAUGAGACAGAGCUCUGUCUGGCUGAGCUGGAUACUCUGGUGGCCUACCCAGCUUGUCAUGCGCAAAUACCUUCUCCUCCCUCUCUCCCCUACCCUCCCCCUCCUCUCCCCCCUCCUCACCGCCCUCCUCAAAUCCCUACACACCGCCUCCUACCUGCACCAACCCUAUUUCUCUUCCAAGAACAUGUCGGACGAGCAGGUUUGGCGGUGGGUGGAAGAGAGGAAAUGGGCGUAUAGGGUAUUUGGGUUUGUAGCGGCUUGGGUGGAGAGUGUGCCGUUACUUGGGCUGGGGUUGAGUAUAGGGAAUAGGGUGGGGGCUGCUAUGUGGGCAUUCGACAUGGAAAAACGCCAACACCUCUUCGCCCACAACAUUAUCCAACCCCUCCUCCCUUCCCAAGUUGGAUUCUACGGUAUGGGCCGGGUCGAUGACUUGGGCGUGGAUAUUCAGAGGGCGGAAGAUGAGUUGGAGGUCAAGUGGAGUAGGAAGAAGGGAGAGGAGGAUGCUGCUGAUGCUGGGGAAAAACUUGAGGGUGGGGUGAGUUUGGAGCCGAAGGUAGGGGAGAAGAGCAUCUUUGAACUGCGUGGAGAAGGUUUGGGAGCGGAUGAAGGAGGAACAGACAAGGUCUUGUAA